ACCGCCCUUCCAGUGCAUGCGCUAGUUCAUUCGGGUAUUCUCACUCACCAACAUCAAACAUAUGCAGGAUAAUUAUGGCAUGGAUGGAGAGCCCAUCUGAGGACGAUGAAAGGUGAUCAUGCUGAGGUUUUCGGGGCUGGAACGGGAUCGUUCAGCCGCUUCCCUCUCUCUCUGAGCGCCGCUGGGUCUCGACAGAAGAUGCUCCGUGUCCGGGUGCUGCUGGGCCGGUCCUGGAGGGGGUUCCGGACGUUCCCAGGUUUGGCCGUGAAGAACGAACCUAUCCUGGGCUUCGAGGCGGGGAGUCCAGAACGGGCCGAGCUGCAGAAGGCGCUGGACGGCCUAAAGGGGCGGACAGAGGAGGUUCCCUGUGUGGUAGGAGAUGAACUGGUUUGGACCAAAGACGUCCGGUACCAGCUGUCUCCUUUCAACCACUCUCACAAGGUGGCAAAGUUCUGCUACGCUAACAAGGAGCUGAUCGAUAAGGCCAUCCAGGCAUCGCUGGCGGCCCGGAGGGAGUGGGACCUGAAACCCGUCCGGGACCGGGCCCAGAUCCUGUUCAAGGCUGCCGACGUCAUCAGCGGGCCCAAGAGAGCCGAGAUCCUGGCCAAGACUAUGAUCGGACAGGGCAAAACAGUGGUCCAGGCGGAGAUCGACGCCGCUGCAGAACUCAUCGACUUCUUCCGGUUCAAUGCCAAGCACGCCGUGGAGCUGGAGGCCCAGCAGCCAAUCAGCACCAAGGAGAGCACCAACACUGCGCUGUACCGUGGGCUGGAGGGCUUCGUAGCAGCAGUGGCGCCGUUUAACUUCACCGCCAGGGGAAACCUGGCAGGAACACCUGCUCUCAUGGGCAACGUGGUUCUUUGGAAGCCCAGUGACACGGCGGUCUCGGCCAGCUACGCGGUCUACCGAGUCCUGCGCGACUGCGGCCUGCCGCCCAACAUCAUCCAGUUCCUGCCGGCCGACGGCCCCGUGUUUGGCGACGCCGUCACUUCCUCCCCGCACCUGGCAGGGAUCAACUUCACCGGCAGCGUGCCGACCUUCAAGCGUCUGUGGAAGCAGGUGGCCCAGAACAUAGACAUCUACCGGACGUUUCCCCGCCUGGCCGGAGAGUGCGGUGAGAACUUCCACUUUGUGCACUCGUCUGCGGACGUCCGGAGCGUGGUGUUGGGGACGAUCCGCUCAGCCUUCGAGUACGGUGGCCAGAAAUGCUCGGCCUGCUCCAGGAUGUACGUUCCCGAUAGCAGCUGGCCGCAGAUCAGAGAGCAGUUGUUGGAAAUCCUCAAGGACGUCCGAGUGGGAGACCCUGUCGAGGACUUCAGCACUUUCUUUUCUGCCGUUAUAGACGAUAAGUCCUUCGCUAGGAUCAAGAGGUGGUUGGACCACGCCAAGUCCUCCUCGAACCUCAGCAUCAUCGCUGGAGGAAACUGUGACAAUAGCAAAGGUUACUUUGUGGAGCCGACGAUCAUUGUGACCAAAGACCCUCGGGACCCAAUCAUGAACGAGGAGAUCUUUGGGCCGGUUCUGACCGUGUACGUCUAUCCAGAGAAGAACUACGCUGAGGUUCUGCAGCUGGUUGAUAACACAUCACCAUACGCUCUGACCGGAUCCGUGUUCGCCCAUGACCAGAAGGUGAUCAAUGAGGCCGCCAGAGUCCUGAGGAACGCCGCCGGGAAUUAUUACGUCAACGAUAAGUCCACUGGAUCCAUUGUGGCCCAGCAACCGUUUGGAGGAGCCAGAGCUUCAGGUACCAACGAUAAGCCCGGCGGUCCUCACUACGUCCUGAGGUGGACGUCUCCUCAGGUGGUGAAGCAGACUCAUGUUCCCCUCACAGAGUGGAAGUACCCAUAUAUGGGCUGAGGGACACCUGUCCAAUGUCCUCUGCCCCCAGUCCAUCCAGUGGUCCACUCAUCAGUCCUCCGUCUCUCUGACUCUCCAUCCGUCCUUCAUCUCUGACCUCCUCUUCCUCGCCGUCCUCCUCUGUCUGUCCCUCUGAAGCUGGACAGGUCUGUCCAUCAGAUGGAGAGACAGUCUGUCUCUGCAUCUCACUCAGACGUCCACAAACCAAUGCUUGUCUCAGAAUCCCAGCUGGAAGCUUCAUGUGAUCCACCAGAAAUCGGAUCAGAACCGCCAAUGGACUCAAUUCUGUUUGUAACUAAUAAGAUUAAAUCUGAGGUCCGUCAGAGCAGGUACUGGUCAUCCUGCAGGUCAUCCUGCAGGUCAUCCUGGAGGUCAUCCUGCAGGUCAUCCUGAAGGUCAUCCUGCAGGUCAGUGAUUUGGAGCUGAAGGUCGUUAAAUAUGUCGGGUCCUGCUGAGUAGAUGAUGAAUAUGCGCGUGUGUGGAGACGUUUCCUCCCAGAUCUGGAUGCUAACUCAUGACCAAGUCUGUCAGUGACUCUGGACAUUCAGAUGUUUGACAAUAAAUCAUUUCUAACAAUCA